AUGCGUCUCACGAGCGAGUGUAGCAGAGUAAAGAUGGCGGCGGGCUCCGAUUUACUGGAUGAGGUUUUCUUCAACACAGAGGUGGACGAGAAAGUAGUUAGUGAUCUAGUUGGGUCUUUGGAGUCUGAGCUCACGGGAUCGGGUCGUGGAAAGUCUUCAGUCAGGGUCCAGGCUGCAGCAAAUAACAUUGACAACUCAGCUGUAGGUCGCAAUUCCAAUGUCCAGGACAGCGAAAUGGGACUUUCACAAGAGCUUGCUAAACCAGGGACUGGCGUGCCAGGGGGUGUCAUUAAUAGUAGGAUGUCCCAGGGUUCAACCAUGUAUGCUGCGGUCGGGACAACGGCGGCGGGCUCGAGCAUGACAGCCGGGCACAGUCCGAGCAAGACUGGGGCAGUCAGUGGUGUGAUAACGGGGGUUCCCGAUCACGGAGCUGGGAUCAGGAAAACUGGGGCGGCUGGUGUACAAACUUUAAAUGGAAGGAGCGUUGUGAUAAACUCUCAUAAUUCAGGAAGUGUUGCCGCUUUGGUGAGCUCGGCAAGCAGCACAGUGCCCGCCGUCGCGGUUGUCAACAACGGACCGAGCUCCGUGGUCAAAGGAAACGUAAUCAUACCGUCAACUUCCAGCACAGUCAUUCAAACACCUCUUAUGCACAAUGCUGUCACUUCAACUGUGAUAUCGUCUCAGCUGUCUGUUCUAAACAGUGUGCCCACUGUCACGCUCGUGAGGCCGCCUAUGCAAACCCCCGGAACAGUCACAUCGCAGAGCGGGAGUAAUAAUACGGUUCUGAUACGAUCUGUCAACGUUGCCCACCCUGCAAGUUCAGAAGCGCAAAUCAACAAAUUGGAGUCGCCAAAAACAACCAUACAAACGACUUCACAAGUGACCGCCCCCAGUGUUGUAGGUAAAAGCCUGGUUUUACAAAAUGUGAGGAACUCCAUCCCAUCGACUAUUGCAGCCUGUCCGGGUGGGAUAAAGACGAUCGCGCCACAGGUGUUCUCCCCGAGACUUCCGCAACCCCAACAAAAUACUUCAAACAUCCAGAACAUUCAGCUCCCUCCAGGCAUGGUGCUGGUACGCAGUGAGAGUGGGCAGCUUCUGAUGAUCCACCAGCAGACCUUGGCCCAGAUGCAAUCCCAGUCCCAGAGCGCCAUGACCCCACGGGCAGCCACCCCCACCAGCACUCCCCCUGUCCAGAUCACUUCUGCUCCAGGGACGCCCAUGAUGUCCCGUCAGAUGACCAACACCAUCACUAAGCAGGGCUCCCCGGCCCAGACCACAGUCCAGGCCACCACCACCCUCCAGAGGCCUCCUGUACUACAACAGAACACCAUUAUGCUGGGUGGAGCGGCCGCCACCUCAGGUCAGACUCCAGUACAGCCUUGCUCGGCAGCAGUCACCCAGAGAGCAGGGACCCCUGGGACACCAGGCGCCCCCACGGUCGUUUCUACCACGGAGAUCCUGGAGAACGUGAAGAAGUGUAAGAACUUCUUGUCCACGCUGAUCAAACUGGCAUCCAGCGGGAAGCAGUCGUCUGAGACCACAGCCAACGUCAAGGAGUUAGUCAAGAGCCUGCUGGAGGGUAAGAUCGAAGCGGAGGACUUCACCAGUCAGUUAUACCGGGAGCUAAACUCCUCUCCUCAGCCAUAUCUCGUGCCUUUCCUCAAGAGGAGUCUUCCUGCACUGCGUCAAAUGACCCCAGACUCGACAGCCUUCAUCCAGCAGAGCCAGCUGCUUCACGCUGGCGCCCAGCCUGCCGCCUCCUCCAAGGCCUUGACUGCUGUGGUGCUGGGGGGCACGUCCACGGCACAAUCGCGUCUCAACAGUACCAGCCCUGGGACCAAGGGGACCAUGCACCAGUCUCCUGUCAGCAGCCUGGCCCAGACACCUCAUAGCAAGCCUGGCCUGAUGGUGCCUCAGCAGCAGGGGGCAAUGGGGAGGCCUCAGGUGUCUCUGGCCCAGUCACCCAUGGUUACGCUCCGAGGCCAGCCCCACAGUCACAUCAUCAUGGGGCAGCCGCAGGUGGUCAGACAGCUGCAGACAGUUCCUGUAGUGAAGCAGGCUCUAGCACCAGGGGCCAAGGUAACACUUGGGCCCCAGUCUAUGCUCUCUGUAGUACUGAAGAACAGGCAGAAGGAGGCAGGCGGAGGAACCUUCAAGGAUGAUGAUGAUAUAAAUGACGUGGCCUCUAUGGCUGGAGUCAACCUAUCAGAGGAGAGUGCUCGCAUUCUGGCAACCAACUCUGAGCUGGUCGGCAUGGUGACUCGCUCCUGUAAAGACGAGGCCUUCCUCUACACCUCCUCACUAACCCAGAGAGUACAUGAGAUAGGCAGGAGGUUAGGGGUGACUGACCUGGGGCCGGAGGUGAUCAACUACGUUUCCCAUGCUACACAGCAUCGGCUGCAGAACCUGCUGGAGAAAGUGACGGUGGUGGCGCAGCAGAAAAGCAUCACCUUCAAGGAGGAUGAUAAGUGUGAACAGGUGAGUGACGUGCGUGCGCAGCUGAAGUUCUUUGAGCAGCUGGAUCAGAUGGAAAAACAGAGGAAGGAGGAGCAGGAGAGAGAGAUCCUGAUGAAGGCAGCUAAGUCUCGAUCACGACAAGAGGACCCAGAACAGCUUCGGCUUAAACAGAAGGCUAAAGAGAUGCAGCAGCAGGAACUGAAUCAGAUCAGGCAGAAGGAGGCCAACAUGACGGCCCUGGCAGCCAUCGGCCCCAGGAAGAAAAGGAAAAUGAACUCCCCUGUCAGCGGAACCGGGGCUGAGGACUUGUGCUCUGGUCCCUCUCCAUCAGGUGGGUACAGUAGCGGAGGCUCCAGGCCUCAGCGCCAGCGCAUCACCCGGGUCAACCUCAGGGACCUGCUCUUCUGUCUGGAAAAUGAGAGGGAGACCAGCCGCUCACACCUGCUCUUUAAAGGCUUCCUCAAAUAACACACAGGGAGACCGGACAUGCCCAAUAACGCUUUCCUAAGGGACAAGUAAUUAAUGAGACUAACCAAGUCACUCUGAUGCACUUGAUGCUUCCUAUAGUAGACAGAGACCAGCCACUCCCUCUAGCACCUCCCUAACAGACAGAGACCAGCCACUCCCUAUAGCACCUCCCUAACAGACAGAGACCAGCCACUCCCUAUAGCACCUCCCCUAGAGACAAGAGCAACCAAUAGCACCUCCCUUAAAGGGCAAGAUAGACCAGCUACACUUGAUGGUACCGUCUCUUCUUCUGUGCUCUCCUAGAAUCAUGACCUCUUAGACUAGAGGAGAGACCAGUGACACCUGGAAAAUGAAUCAUCAGAUGAGCCCUACACUCCCUUCUCAAGAGAGACCAGGCUGUUGCAGCUGUGAAACAAUGAAUUGUUGGGACUGACCUAUCAGACUAGCUCUUCUGGCCUCUCCUUAACAGUGCCUCUCAUGGUUAUGUAGAGACCAUAGAGAUGGAUAGAGGACUCAUCUUUGUAUCUGUGCCAUUAUAGCGUCUUAUAGCAUGGGCAGCUCCAUUGACGCAAUCUCCAUUUUGAAGUAUUACAUUUUCUUUGUGAUUGCCUGAUCCCUCCUGAUGACCCUGUUGGACAUGACUUCAACAAGGUCUCCAGGAAGGAUCUGCCAAUAAAGUUGGAAGUCCCACCUAGUUGACCACAUUAAAAUGGUGGCUGCCCCCAAUGGCGCUGCCUAUGCUAAUACGGCCUUUUGGCCACUAGAGGCCUCAAUCAUUCUCCAUGUUAGAGACCUACUACUGGCAACCAGGUCCCCUCCCAUACACUCCCCUGGAGGGGAAAUGCUCUUAUUUGUGAGGUCUCCUUUAGGUCUGGAAACAUCCUCAUGUUUUGCAGUAGGGACAUGUAUUAGCUUUUCCAUCCUUUAACCUCAUGCAAUAUAUGAUUAGACUUUUUUUAGAAAGAUCCUCAGCUAGGGGACUUUUAACACGUUUAACCAACAAAUGUACAAACCUGCAGGAGUAACGUCAAAUACCUGACGAUACAGAAACUCAAUGCAUUUUGUUGAGUAGACGUUUUAUUUUUCCUAUUUUGUAGUCAUUCAUUCUAGUGCUCUUUUACUGCCUGUGGAUUAUUUUAAAUUGACUGAUAUUACUCUUCCAUCAAGCUGCCUUGCAGCCAAAAUAAGCCAUAUUAAUCAUACAUCUCUAACUCUCCAGACCUCUGAUGACAGAACAGGAGCACUCCUCAAUCAUUCAAGUUUUUAGACUUGUUUGAUUUCUGCUUUAGCAUCUCUUCCCAGGUGCAUUGUUUUUAAUCACUUAUAAUGAUUAUUUAUUUUGUCAACAUGUCUGUUGAUAACAUUUUGUACAUGUAUAUGCAUACAUGAAAACACACACACACAUCCUAUGGAAGCAGUCAGUAAAUUGUAGGUUUUUAUCAGUAGACCGUGUGAAGAAAUUGAUAUACAAUAUAUAUAUUUUUUUCUUCAGAAGAGUAAUGUAAAACAAUUUACAUUAAUUAAUUGAUGCAACAAUGCAAAGUGAGACUGAUGCAAAGUGAGGCUUUGAUGCAAAGUUCGCAAUAGAUAGCCUUUAUGAUUGGAGGCCAUUGCUAGCUGCCAUGGCGAUGUGGGAUGGAAUGCAGAAUAUGGUAUACAGAAUGCACCCCCCGAACGAUCCGUUUUUUAAUCAAGCCGUCGGUCAGAGGCAUACACCCACUUUAUGUAUUUUUUUAAAUAUUUCUUAGCGAACAUACUAAUUGGUUGGCUGUUAAGCUUUUGGAUGGUAUUGAUGAAACCUUUCAGACUGUACAUAUUUUUCAAAACCAUCGCCCCUAGCAGCUGUUACACAUCUUGCCCUUUAUCCAUGUUCUAUCAGAGAACUGUUUUUAGUGAAAAACCGGAAGCAGAUUAAUUUCUUAUCUUAUUAAUAUCUUGUACAUUUUGCACAGCCACUUGUUAAUAUGUAAAUAUUCUAAGUGAAAGAAUGUUUUUUAAUUGCAAUUGUUUUGUAGAUAAUUGAGAGAGAAUGAUCUCCUUUAUUAAAAAAAUGAAAAAUAA